AUGAUUGUAGAAGGGAAACAGAAAAUUCCUGGGCUUGGAGUAGUGGUGACACAACAGCUCAAUGGUCAUGGUCCUCACGCAAACCAUCGCGAUCCGCGAAACGGACCAUGGAGCGAUCUCGGAAGCUACUCGUCGGGAGGGCGCCAGAUAGUUGGGAAUCCACCGAUCCCGUGGUUACUGGAGUGGCGGAAGAUUGUCGAAGUCAACGGAAGAGAAGACUCUGUUAGCCACUUGGCGCGCCGGAAGGGUGAUGCUGUUUUCGCUAUCGGACGAAUGGCGAUUCGAAAGCGCAGUGGACUCCGGAGGCGGACUAACAGAGCCAGUCUCGCUGUGGGUCUCCCCUGUCGGCGAUACCUCCACGUCUUCUACGCCGCCAUUAUCUUGAAUUUCGACUACGGGGACAGCCGCGACCGGAGUGGAUGGCUGCGGGAGAAGCGGGAACAACCCGAGCGGCCGGAGAGGGCACGAGUCAAAUCAUCCGAGCUAGAAUCCGACUCGGUCAGCUCCUCACUUCCCGAUCCAGUCCCAGAAGCCGCGGACGAAAGCGGAGAACAAGAAGAAUUCGGUGGAGGCUCGGGUGGGGCCAAUCUGGGAAGUUUGUUUAAAGGCAUUGAAGGGUUCAACGACAAUAGCUGGGAGGCCACGCGGGCGGUGAAAGAAUCUCUGGAUCGUGACCUUGGUUGA